AUGCGCUUCGCUUUCGCCUUCCUUCUCUUCUUGAUCACCCUCACUGUCGCUCUCCCUGUCGCCAACCCGGCGAGCAAGUCCUCCUCAGACAAGCAGAAGCUCGAGAAGGGAAUCAAAGACAACCUCAAAGCUGGAGACAAGGAGAUAGCCGCUACCAAGAAGGCUCAGGAUGCCGCCAAGAAGAAUGACGCAAAGGGCCUUAAGAAGGAUGAGAAGGGCAUCAAGAGCGCACUGAACGAGGCGACGAAGGACCGCGAGAAGAACCAGAAGAUCGCCGGAAACAAGGAUCCCAAGCUUACCCAGGGAUUGGGAAAGGUUGAAAAUGCGCAAAAGGGCGCCAAGAAGACUGUCAACGGUCUGACGGGCGACCCAAAGAAAGACAAGGGAUCGUUGGAUAAGCUGGAUAAGACUUUCAAGAAGGGCAAGAAGGUCAACCAGGACAACCUGAAAGAGUAUCUUCAACCAGACCACGCUGAAAUGCCUGCCAACCCUCCCAUCUCGGAGGAGCCACCGAGCCAUGCGUCGCAACAAGCUCCUGAAAUUGAAGCGAAGCCCGGUAACCUACCUGACGAGGAGUCAUCACCAGUCGAAGUACACACAGAAGCUUUCACAUAUCCCGACGGAGGCACUCAAGCCUGGCUGCAAGUUGUCGCAUGCAACAUCACCAACCAAAUCUCAUGGGGCUACCCCUCCUCGUAUGGCGCCUAUCAAGCCUAUUACACUACGACACUAGGACUUCCAUCAGCGCAGGUAUCAUGGGUUGGCUCGGUGCAGAUUUUCCUCGCUUUCGGCAUAUGCGCGUUCUCUGGGCGUCUAGUUGAUGCUGGAUACGGUAGACAUGCGGUCAUCACCGGCUCCUUCAUGGCCGUGACGGGUACUCUUAUGACCAGCUUCUGCACCAAGUACUGGCAGAUAUUCCUCGCACAAGGACUGUAUACCGGAAUCGGUAUGGGCAUUAUGUUCAUGCCGGGAAUUGCCAUCGUGGGAUCGUACUUCAAAGAGCGGAGAACGUUGGCACUCUCCAUAGCCAACGUCGGCACUGGGCUAGGGUCCGUCACGUUUCCCACGCUAUUGAACUACACCAUCCCCCAUGUUGGCUUCGCAUGGGCUGUCCGGUGCCAAGCUCUCAUGAUGCUGGUCCUAGCCAUUAUUGCUUGUACCCUUCUCAAGCCGCGUCUUGCGCCGAGGAAGAAAGGAUCUAUCUUAGAAUGGGCGGCGUUCAAGGAGCGCUCUUAUUCACUGUUCGCCGUCGGGUCGUUCUUUUUCUUCUUGGCACUUUACUUUAGCUUCUUCUACAUCAACACGUUUGCCCAAAAGGCUAUCGGUCUGUCGUACACAGAGUCGGUUUCCUUACUUCUGAUCCUCAACUCCUCGGGAAUUCCCAGCCGUGCUUUAGCCGGUAUUCUGGCAGGAUAUCUGGGUGCCAUCCAUACAUCCAUCCUCAGCAACGCUCUAGUGGGCAUAAUGUACUUCGCAUGGAUCGGGGUCCGCGAUAAGUCCGGACUAUAUGCGUUGACCGUCAUCUUUGGAAUUGCGAAUGGAUUCGCUCAAGGCAUCUUCACUCCGGCUUUGGCAAGCCUCACGCAAGAUCCGCAGAAGAUGGGAGUGCGCUUUGGCAUGGUGGCAACAAUAGUUGGAGCGGCGUCGUUUGCAGGCCCGCCUAUAUCAGGAGCGAUCGUAGAUGCAUCGGGCGGAAAGUACAUCUGGGCUCAGAUUUGGGCGGGUGCGGUAACCUUUCUAGCUUGUCUUUUCCUCAUUGCUGCUAGAAUUGCAGCUGUUGGGACGACUUGGUCAGCGAAGGUAUAA